AUGGCACAGCCAACGGGGGUGAUGCCCGACCUAAGGCCAGAUCCCCAUCUGGGGGGGUACCUCGGCCAGCGGGGCCCAGGCCACGCCUGGAGGGGACGGGGCUCGGUGAAGCGGUGCGCAGGCACCCCGCGGUGUUCUGGCUCGGCGGCUCCCUGGACGCGCUGGCGCACGACGAGGGUCGCUCGGCGGCGCACGAUCCCCUGCUCGAUCUUCGUUCCCCUGGGCGCGUGCACCGCGGUGGCCUCGUGCUGGGCCCGCGCCCUGGUGGCGGAGGAGGGCUGGCGGCGCGCGGACGCGGCCAUGUACGCCGGCAUGGCGUGCGUGACCGGGUGCGUGGCCGGACUCGUUGGCAUCGGUGGUGGCCUGAUUUUCUCCCCGUUCUUUCUGCUGAUGGGGCUAGAGCCGUCCGUCGCUGUGGCCACAUCUUCGACCUGUGUGAUAUUCACCUCGUCUUCUACGACGCUUCAGUACCUGCUGACCGAUCGAAUUAUCGUUUCUCUCAGCCUUUUGUAUGGCUUCACGAACCUGAAGGCGUCUUUUGUUGGCACAAGCUUUGUGCACUAUCUCCAGGACGUGCAUGGCGCAAAGAAGUCAUUUAUUUCCAUGAUCGUCGCGGCGGGUGUGUUGAUAAGCACAGCCUUGUCAGUACUGAGGCUGAUAGAGGGCAUACAGGAUGGCUUCCAGGUGGACAUCCACUGA